AUGAUACCAAAUCGUGAAUAAUAACUAAAUUAAAAGGAAUUAGAAGCAUUAAAUUAAAAAAAUAAAAUAGCAUCUAUAUUAAUUGAAGAUGCAACCUUUAAUACUAUGAUAAAUAAAAAAAGGGCAGAAUUAAGUGAUAAAGAAUUUCUUAGAUGGCUUGAUUAAAUUAAAAGAUUAGAUCAACAAAAAUCAAUUCCAAUUAAGGAUAUUGGAUAAGAGAAAACUUAACUUAACAAAGUCAAAUAAAUUAAUAAUAAAUAAACUUAAAAUCAUGAAUAACUAAAAUCUUUUGGAUAAUUAUAAUAAUAACUAGAAUUAGAAAAAAUAUAGGCUUAAAUUAAAAAAAAUGCAUAAAAAGCAUAAAAUCAAAUAGACAGAUAAAGAUUAGGUGAAAUUGCAACUAAAGAUUUUAGUAAUAAAAAAAGAGUUGAAGAAAACUAAAAAAUACUUGAAGAAAUGUUAAAAGAAAAAUAAAAAGAAUAGGAAAGAUAGGAUUAUUUUAUUAAUGAAGAAAAAUAUAAAAAUUCUAAAUUUCAUGAUUAUAAUGAAGUUUAAAUGGAGAACAAUCUUAAUAAGUUAAAGUAUCAUUCUAAAAAGGCAAGCAAAGGAAAAUUAUUCAAUGAAGUAUCAAAAUCUGGUAAUCCUUUUCAUAAAAAACAACUAUGA